UUGUGAGGGGCGGGCUUUCUGUGGUGCGGCCGGCUGGCAACUAUGGCGGCCGUUCGCGGCCUGCGAGUGUCUGUGAAGGCAGAGGCCCCGGCUGGGCCCCCGACUUUGGGGCUUCCGUCGCCCGAGGUGGACUCCGGCUUGGAGCGUGGCGAGCCGGAGCCCAUGGAAGUGGAGGAAGGCGAGCUGGAAAUCGUGCCGGUGCGGCGCUCGCUAAAGGAACUGCUCCCGGACACAAGCAGAAGAUAUGAAAACAAAGCUGGCAGUUUCAUCACUGGAAUUGAUGUUACCUCCAAGGAAGCAAUUGAAAAGAAAGAACAGCGAGCCAAGCGCUUCCACUUUCGAGCAGAAGUAAAUCUUGCCCAGAGAAAUGUAGCCUUAGAUCGAGACAUGAUGAAGAAAGCCAUCCCCAAAGUGAGACUGGAGACCAUCUACAUUUGUGGAGUAGAUGAGAUGAGUACCCAGGAUAUCUUUUCCUAUUUCAAAGAGUAUCCUCCAGCUCACAUUGAGUGGUUGGAUGAUACCUCCUGUAAUGUGGUUUGGCUAGAUGAGAUGACAGCCACACGAGCUCUCAUUAAUAUGAGCUCUCUGCCAGCUCAGGAUAAGAUAAGAAGCAGAGAUACCAGUGAAGACAAGUCGUCUGAGAAAAACAAGAAAGACAAGCAGGAAGACAGUUCAGAUGACGACGAGACUGAAGAAGGAGAAGUUGAAGAUGAGAAUUCAAGUGAUGUAGAGUUGGACACGUUGUCUCAGGUGGAAGAAGAGUCUCUGUUAAGAAAUGAUCUUCGUCCAGCUAACAAACUUGCUAAAGGAAAUAGACUAUUCAUGAGAUUUGCUACAAAAGAUGACAAAAAGGAACUUGGAGCAGCCAGAAGAAGUCAAUAUUAUAUGAAAUAUGGAAAUCCAAAUUAUGGAGGCAUGAAAGGAAUUCUUAGCAAUUCAUGGAAGCGAAGAUAUCAUUCCCGUCGCAUUCAGCGGGAUGUGAUCAAGAAGAGAGCCCUGAUUGGGGAUGACGUUGGCUUGACGUCGUAUAAACACCGACAUUCCGGAUUAGUGAAUGUUCCUGAAGAACCCAUUGAAGAAGAAGAGGAGGAGGAGGACCAAGACAUGGAUGCAGAUGACAGGGUGGUGGUGGAGUAUCGUGAGGAGCUCCCAGCUCUCACACAGCCCCGUGAGCGGAGUGUGUCCAGGCGAUCGAGUGCGAGCAGCUCAGACUCAGACGAGAUGGACUAUGACCUAGAACUGAAGAUGAUUUCUACUCCCUCCCCAAAGAAAAGCAUGAAAAUGACCAUGUAUGCAGAUGAAGUAGAGUCUCAGCUGAAAAGUAUUAGGAACUCUAUGAGGGCAGAUAGUAUAUCCACAAGCAAUAUAAAAAACCGAAUUGGUAACAAAUUGCCACCUGAGAAAUUUGCAGAUGUCCGACACCUCUUAGAUGAAAAGCGUCUGCACUCAUGUCCACGUCCAGCAGUUGGAAGUACUAAACCAGAUAUUCGCCAGCGGUUAGGAAAAAGACCACAUUCUCCUGAAAAGGCUUUUAGUAGUAAUCAAGUGGUUCGGAGAGAGCCCUCUUCAGAUGUACAUAGUAGGCUAGGUGUUCCCAGGCAAGAUGUUAAAGGCCUCUACUCUGAUACUCGGGAGAGGAAAUCGGGUGGUUUAUGGACUCGUUUAGGAUCUACACCCAAGACCAAAGAAAAGAACAUGAAGAAAGCAGAUCACAGGCCAUCUGGUGCUGAGGAAGAUGACUCCGAGCUUCAGAGGGCAUGGGGUGCUUUGAUUAAGGAGAAAGAACAAUCUCGCCAGAAAAAGAGUCGGCUAGAUAGCUUGCCGUCACUCCAGAUUGAAGUCAGCCGGGAAAGUAGCUCUGGUUCAGAGGCAGAAUCCUGAUGCCCUGGCCUUGGCAGCUGCCCUCAAAUCUGACAUUCUUAUGUAGGGUGGGGUACACAGUAGGAGCCUCCCUUGCAGGAGUUGGCGCCCUUCCCUCAUACCUGCACUCUGAACUCUUGCUGUCCCAGUAGGACAGCUGUAGAGUGUGAUGAGUGUUGAAGGGCAUCUCUGUCUUGUGCUGCAGAGCUACUAUUCUGGGCCCUCAAGUCUUCUCCCCACCUCCGCCCCAUAAGCUUUACCCUCGAAGAAAAAGGCAACCCUCCAGAUUUUGUAGUCGUUUUCUUAAUAUUUUUAACAUUGUGUCUUUUAAAAGAAAUGUUUUACACAGUUCAUCCAAAGAGCAGAGAACUGAACUUCUCACUGUUGCCUUGGCCCUGACAGCUCUUGCCAGUACCCAUUUUCCAAGAAAAGUCAGUCAGUUCCCAGGUGCUUAUUAGACAGUCUUUGAGGGGGAAGAUGAGGGAAGCUGCCAGCCCAGCCUUCCAGGACCUUAGCGUGAGGCUGAAUCUCACAGACCUGACUUGAGCUGUGGUUGCCCUCCCAGGUAGAUAGAGAUGUAGCAGGAGUGGCUUCCAUUCCUCCCUGGGGAGUUUCUGUUAGGGCCAUUAUUGGCUGUUAGCCUAAUGUAAAGAUCAAGGUCAGUGCUGUGGGACUUCUAGGGACAAACAACUGUGAUUUCUGAAUUUGGAGUUGAUUUAUGUGCUUAGGGAUGGGUCUUGGGUUAAUGUUGAACAAUUUUUAAGUCUGUAUUAUGUUUAAAAACUAUUAAUGACUUAAAAGUUUAAAUUUUUAUAUGUGGCUAUUCCUCCUGUUGGCUAUGGGGGAAGCUCAAGUGGUGUCUCUUGUGUUGUUAAAUAUACAUUAUAUACUUUGGAAGAAGGCAAA